AAUCUUUUUGCUCUAAAAGAACCGAAUGGCAAUGAAGCUAGAGAUCUUAAGCAAAGAAGUGAUCAAACCUGAUUCACCUAAUCAUCUCCAAACUCUUCAUCUUUCUCUCUUUGAUCAAUUUCUUCCCACAACAUACGUUUCCGCCAUUUUCUUCUACGAUGAUCAUCAACCAGACCAAGAAGAGAUUCUUGUUCAGAAGCUCAAGAACUCACUCUCUCAGACUCUUUCUCUAUUUUAUCCACUCGCUGGACGUAUCAAAGAAGGCGUUACUGUCGAUUGCAACGACGAGGGAGCUCUGUUUACAAAGGCACGAGCCGAUGUACUUCUCUCGGAUGUUUUGAGAAACCCAUCAGAUGCUGGUUUGGUUCACAAACUCAUUGUCUCUCCAGACCGUGCAGAUCCAGGAACCUGGCCACUGUUGCAUGUCAAUGUCGUUUUCUUCAGAGACAGAGGCUUCGCUGUUGCUGUUAGUGCCUCUCACAAGCUAUGCGACGCGGCCUCGUUGUCUAUGUUUGUUCGCAGCUGGACUAAGGCUGCGAAAGGGUUUGCUGACACCGUGAAUCCUGAGUUCUCGGGGUCGGUUUUCUUCCCUCCUGCUGAUAUCUCUGUCGAGUUUCCUCCGUUUCUCGAACAGAAAACAAAAUCUAAGACCAAGAGCUUUGUUUUUGGUCCUUUGAUGAUUGAAAAGCUAAAAAUCAGGGCUUCAUGCGCCUUACUUGUGACACAAGCCACCCGCGUCGAAUCCAUCACGGCGCUGCUGUUGAGAUGUAUGACAAAUUCGAGGCGGCCAAAGACAGAGGCGGUCACAGAGUUUGCCAUAACACAUACAAUGAACUUGCGCCCUAGAGUUCCUUUAUCUUUCUUGCCACGCAAGGCAAUCGGAAACUUUUUCUUUUUGCCUUUACUGAAAGAGACAUCAGAGAAUAAAAUGGAGAUUCAAGAAACUGUGUCUAAGCUGCGAAAGACUAAGGAGGAACUCAAUGAGCUGAUCACAAAGGAUUCCGAAGACUCGGAUACAAAUAGCGACGAGGCCGCCAAAGAGAGAAUCGUAAGCGCCAUGCUGAGCUUUUUGUGUGAGGUAAGUCCUGAAGCAGAGACAUAUGCUGUUUCUAGCUGGUGCAGAAUGUCGUUUUACGAUGCAGACUUUGGCUGGGGGUUUCCGGUUUGGGUUGCACCAGGUUCCGUUGACAAGACUCAGGUUGUGUUAAUGGACGCAAAGGACGGUGAAGGGGUAGAAGCAUGGGUGACACUACCUGAAACGGACAUGGCUGAGUUUGAGCAUGAUGAUGAGCUUCUUGUUUACGCUCCUCCAAGUCUUAGUAUCCGCACCAAGUAAUAAUUAUGUUUAUCAAACAAGUCUAAGUAUGGUAAGAAAAAUUUACGUUUCACUUUAUAGUAACAUAUGCAAGUGCUGUAAGCGAAUGAUGUGAUAUGUUUUGGUAUCUUUUGCUAAUUUGGUGUUAUUAUAAAGCUUUCCUA